UAGUUAGCAGCUGCAUGACAUUUGCUUGUGUACACCUCCAGAUACUUAAAUACGUUAGACUGACUUUUCAAUAGACGAGCCUGAUCAAUUUCUAAAACAAUAAUUUAAUUUAAAGCAGCCAUUCUGCUACAUUUAUUUUACACAAUCCUCCAUCAGGAAACUAAAUUUAGUUUCCUUUUUCUUCUACACCUUAUUGCAUCUGUUUGCACAACUGGUCAGUUUUUGUAUUUUCUGUGAAGACAUUGAGUUUGAUCAUUUGGCCACGUGUCUUUCUGAGGAUGAGAUUGAGACUUUGUGUUUUCUCUGUGCUACAUAUAACCUUCCAGGCUAAAACACCACAGCAGACACCCAGGCAUCAACAUCUGGGGGCUCAAAAGAAGAACUGAGCCACUUCCCAGUCUUCCCCACCAGGUUACCUGGUCUACGGCUAUGAUGAGUGCAAUUGUGUGGUUUGUUUAGAGUCAAAUGUCCAUUCAUUCAUCCCGGACUCCUGAUGCGCAAUCAGGACGACCAACCGUGCGUGUAGCGCCGCUUGUGAACGUCUCCUCCCCUGUUUCUGCAGUGUUACUGUUUUCGCUCCUCCGCUCGUCGCUUCUUGUGCCAAUCCGGCCCACGCCGCAAGAUGAAGACGAGCCUUCGAUUUGCAUAGCACCAAAACUCCUUCUUUCCUGUCUGCCACCAUCCCUCCGCUUGAUGUCCAUCUUGUCCUGCUCCGUGCUGUUUGCGUCCUCUCGAUUCUUCACCAUCCAUUCACGCCUACUCUCAUGUGCGGUCCUUGGUUAUUCUUUGCGUUAUCCAGCUCAGACAGAGGCGCGAAGGAAUUUUUCCCAAUCAAAUUGUUUCUGGAUUUCAACUGAAAAAAAAAUCGUAUUUUUCCCCUAAACUGACGAAUCUCCUGAUUUUUUAUUUAAGCAGUGCAAAUAAGGAUAGAGCUAGAAAUUUAUUUAUUAUUUUUACGCAUCAACAACCGCACGCAGUCUGGAGAGAAGAAUCCGGAAUUUGUGGAUUUAGGUAUUGAAAUAAAACAUUCAGCUUUGGGAACGGUGUUGCAGUGAUGAUUCAAAAAGCAAAUCACUAAGAGGAAGUGAUCGGACUGCCUUAAGUUUGCUGAUGUAGGGUAACUGUCAGGAGAACAUCGAGGAAACUGAGUGGGGAGCGACGCGUCAUUUCCAAGAUACCAGCGCAACAAGCCAGGACCAUUACACCAGCCCGCUGCGUGGAUGACACACAGGCUGUCUUCCAGCGCUGGGGUGGUGCAGGGUGGCCACGGUGCGACCAGGAUCCAGCUGAGCUUCUGGGCUUUCUAGCAACAUGAGGGAGAAGUUCACCUCCUGAGGCUACAACUUCUACACUGGGCUGACUCACUAACAACUGGUUUCAGGGGUACCUUCUGUGAACCUUCAAAUGUGACAUAGUUUAUUCUUCAGCAUUAGAAGAUCAUGACUUCAGACAAAUGUGCCAUGAGUUUACCACGACCCAUCACCCAGUGGAUAUUUGUCUCUUUUUUGCUGGUUCUUCUGCCUGGAGUCACUCAUUUCUCCCACGGCAGCUCUAGCCAUGAAGACACCAGUGACGCCCCGAAAAACUGCUCCAGCGAGGACAACUGUUCAGAUGGCGUGGUGCUGCCCAUGUGGAACCCCCAGAACCCUGCGGUGGGGGACAAGGUGGCUCGCGCCAUUGUUUACUUUGCGGCUCUUAUAUACAUGUUCCUGGGUAUGUCCAUUAUCGCGGAUCGUUUCAUGUCUUCUAUCGAGGUCAUCACCUCUCAGGAAAAAGAGAUCACCAUCAAAAAGCCAAAUGGUGAAACGACAACAACCACAGUGCGCAUCUGGAAUGAAACGGUAUCUAACCUGACCUUGAUGGCUCUGGGUUCCUCAGCACCAGAGAUCCUGCUCUCUGUCAUCGAAGUACUUGGCCACAACUUUGAAGCCGGAUCUCUGGGGCCCAGCACUAUCGUGGGCAGUGCCGCAUUCAACAUGUUCAUUAUUAUCGCCAUCUGUGUCUACGUGGUGCCAGAAAACGAGACUCGUAAGAUAAAGCAUCUGAGGGUGUUCUUUGUCACUGCCGCCUGGAGCGUGUUCGCCUACAUCUGGCUGUACCUCAUCCUAUCUGUGUUCUCCCCCGGAGAGGUGGAGGUUUGGGAGGCAGUCCUCACCUUCCUGUUCUUCCCUCUCUGCGUGCUACAAGCCUGGAUCGCAGACCGCCGCCUGCUCUUCUACAAGUACGUCCACAAGCGUUACCGCACCGACAAGACCCGUGGCAUCAUCAUUGAAUCUGAAGGGGAUGCCAUGUUCACUAAAAUGGACCUGGAGAUGGACGGACAGGGUGCAAACUCCCACCCUCACAACAAGGAGGCUCUGGAUGGGAUGCUAGAGGGGGUGGAAGAAGGUGGAGGAAUGAGCGCUGAGCAAGACCAAGAGGAGGAGGCCCGUCGGGAGAUGGCGCGCACCUUGAAAGACUUAAAACAGAGGCAUCCAGACAAAGACAUGGAGCAGCUGAUUGAGAUGGCCAACUACCAAGUGCUGGUCCAGCAGCAGAAGAGCCGGGCUUUCUAUCGCAUUCAAGCCACACGCAUGAUGAUUGGAGCCGGGAACAUACUGAAAAAGCAUGCUGCUGACCAGGCCAGGAAGGUGGUGAGCUGUCAUGAGGCCAGCGGGCAGGAAGAAGAUCCCAACACCAUCUACCUGCAGUUCGACCCCUCUCACUACCAGUGCUUUGAAAACUGUGGUUCCCUGAAACUGACGGUGAGCCGCCAUGGAGGAGAGUCUGGCUGCACAGUUAAGGUGGACUACCGGACUGAGGAUGCGACGGCCACUGCAGGCUCAGACUAUGAGUUUGCUGAGGGCACGUUGGUGUUUAAGCCUGGCGAGACCACUAAAGACUUUACAGUUGGAGUCAUAGAUGAUGACAUCUUUGAAGAGGACGAGCACUUCUACGUUCGCCUCAGUAACCCCCGUAUUGUCCACCGGGCCGAGGUCUCCGUCCUGGAGCCCAUCACCUCCAGCAACAGCACGGUCGGCAUCUCUUCACGCGUUCCUCCAAAGGCAGCUCUGGGGAACACUCCCAUCGCCACAGUCACCAUAUACGACGACGACCACGCUGGCAUUUUCACGUUUGAGAACAACUCCUCCAGAGUGAGCGAGAGCGUUGGCAACAUGCAGGUAAAGGUGCACAGGACGUCCGGGGCCAGGGGGAAGGUGGCCGUGCCUUACCACACCGUUGAGGGCACCGCCAAGGCUGGGGAGGACUAUGAUGAGGUUUCCGGCAAGCUGGAGUUUCAAAAUGAUGAGACCAUGAAGCUGCUGAAUGUCAAGAUCAUCGAUGAUGAGGAAUACGAGAAGAACAAGACGUUCACGAUUGUGUUGGAGGAACCCAUCCUGUUGGAGGUGGGACAGAGACACGGGGACACAAAUGAUAAUAAAACAGCAGUGGGGCCAGAGGACGUGUCAAAGAUGGGCUGCCCUAUUCUAGGAGAACACACUAAGCUGGAGGUGGUCAUUGAGGAAUCCUAUGAAUUCAAGAGCACAGUGGACAAGUUGAUCAAGAAGACCAACCUGGCGCUGGUGGUGGGGAGCAGCAGCUGGAGGGAGCAGUUUGUCAGCGCUGUUACUGUCAGUGCAGGUGACGAUGAUGAAGAGGAGAGUGGGGAAGAACGACUGCCUUCCUGCUUUGAUUACAUCAUGCACUUCCUGACAGUUUUCUGGAAAGUUCUCUUUGCUUUUGUCCCUCCAACCGAAUACUGGAACGGCUGGGCCUGCUUCUUUGUCUCCAUUUCGCUUAUCGGUGUUCUGACAGCUGUGACGGGUGACUUGGCCUCGCACUUUGGAUGCACCGUUGGUCUGAAAGACUCGGUCACCGCUGUGGUGUUUGUUGCCCUUGGCACCUCCGUUCCAGAUACAUUUGCGAGUAAAGUUGCCGCUAUUCAGGACCAAUAUGCAGACGCCUCCAUUGGCAACGUGACAGGUAGCAAUGCUGUGAACGUGUUCCUGGGCAUCGGGGUGGCGUGGACCAUCGCCGCUGUUUACUGGAACACUAAAGGUCAGACAUUCAAGGUAAACCCGGGCUCCCUGGCCUUCUCCGUCACCCUCUUCACCAUCAUGGCGCUGGUGUGUGUGGUCGUGCUACUCUACCGCAGGCGCCACAGUGUUUCAGGCGGUGAGCUCGGGGGCCCUCGGACAGCCAAGCUCCUGACCUUCUUCAUGUUCCUCUCCCUCUGGUUCAUCUACAUCCUGCUGGCCUCCUUAGAGGCAUACUGCCAUGUGCCUGGGUUCUAAACACAAGGCAAAAGUACAGACAUGACUCCUCUUCUUGUUUUUACAGUUUACAGUUUUCUCACUGUUUCUGUCUAUUUUCACAAAAUUUCUACCUAUUUGUAUCAUCGGUUAUUAUUGAUACAGCACAAAAUCUAGAUGAGGAUGUGUUUAGGGACUUUGGAACUCUGUUACCACUGACGAUGCUGUGAAAGCUAGCGUUAGCCACUGAAACUUAACACCUUUUCCUACUCUAAAAUACUUUAUUUCAUAAGACAUUUACAGUGCCGUGAAUAUGUUUUUACCCACUUACAGAUUUCUUCUGUUUUUUUACUCUUUUGCGUUAUGUGAAAAAAUAAAUGUCAUCUAAACCUAAUAACUGUGUUAACCAUCCUUGGCGGCAACAAUUACCAUUAAGAUUUUGCAAUGCCAAGAAGUCUUUUACAUUGCUUUGGAAGAAUUUUGGCCCACUCUCCCUUGCAAGAUUAUCGGCUGUUAACAUCUAAAGUCAUGCCACAUACUCUCAAUCAGAUUUAAGCCCAGGCUUUAACUAAGACAUUCCAAAACCUUCCUUUUACUUUUUAAGCCAUUCAGAGGUGUACUUCCUAGUCUAUUUUGGAUCAUUCUCCUCCAUAACUUCGGGAUUUUCUGAAAGAGAGCAGGCGCUUUUAUUUUGUUCUGCAGUGGUUUGACUUUUGAACUCCAAGAUGGAUACCAUCUUUGCCCAGUCUCUCUCUGCUGCAAAAAUAAUGCAACUUUGACCCCGAUGUCACAGCAGUCACUUAAGAUUAAAAUCAUUGAAUCUUACACUAAGCUAUGCAGAUGGUUUUCUUACCUGCAAUAUGUGCAAAAGCAAAAGUGAAACUUAAGGCAUUACCUGCUGUCUGAUUUGUGUGGUCAAGUAUUAUUUGACCACUUAGCGGCCAUAAUAGAGCAUUGACAUUUCUUUUCUAGAUGGUCAAUUGGAAAUUAUAUUAAAAACACCCAAAAAAAUCAAAACAAGAGGGGAACAUCACAGAAAAGUAACAUUGCCAGUCAUAAUGCUGCAGGACGCUGUGACGCUACUCACAGCCAUCAGCAUCUACAACAGCUCUUUGAAGAAACCUGCAUAAUAUAAUCUACAAAAACAUUUAAUUUCUCUUUAUUAUUAAUAAAGUGUUUUUUAAUUGAGUUCACCACAGCAAUCUCUAGUGUGCACAGACAUUUUACAUUGGAAGAGCAUCAAAAGAAUCACACAAACUCAAAAGACAUUACAGGAUUUGAUUGUCCAAAAAACAAACAUCCGGUUACUUACGUUUAGACCCACAUUUUAAAACGCCAGAAUAUAUAACAAGACAGGAAACAGUGUUACUAAAGCUUUAGUGGUAAAUCAUAAGCACUGACCUUCACUAAGGCAAUUGAAAUCUGUAGUGUUUUAGGCACUGUUCUGGGUUCUUUUGUGACCCUUUGGAUGAGUUGCUGAUGCACUCUUGGAGUAAUUUUGGUUGCCUGGCCACUACUGGGAGGGUUGACCUUUGUUCCAUGUUCUCCAGUAUUGGAAAAUAGCUCUCUCCCUGUGGUUUGCCAGAGUCCCUAAGCGCAAGACUCCCAAUGGCUCUGUUAGCUUUUCCAGACUGAUAGAUGACUUUCUUUCUCAUCUGUUCUUGAAAUUCUUUAGACUGGGGCAUAAUGUGUUGUGUUUUUUUUAUCUUUUAGCCUAUAUCAUGUUGUUGUGUGGUUUUUAAAUUCUACAGGUCUGACAGUAAUUAGGUGUGGCUAGAGAAAUUAAGUAAAAACUAUGAUUUAUUUAUUAGUAACAAGGAAAGGAAAUACGUUUGUGUUUUUUUAAAGGGCAGGCUGGUUUGGAUACCUUUAUUCCUUUAAUAAAUAAAACCCAUCAUUUAAAAACUGCUUUAUUUUUUUAAUGUGGUUAUAUUUGUAAGAAAUUGAAAUUUGUUUGAUCUGAAAAAUUGUGUAAAAAAACAAAAAAGAAGAAAUCUCUGAGGUGGAAAAUACUUUUUCACUGUAUAUAAUCAUCAACCUGAGCUUCAGUUUCACCAACCUGCUUAUUUGCUUGACAUUUACAGCUUUUAGCAUUAUGUUUUCUCUCUCUGUAACUUACUGAUUAAGUUUGUUUUAAUCUUGACACAGACAUUGGAGAUUCCUUGACGGGAGCUAAAGGAUGAAAAAUAAAAGGUGGUGCAUGGGAUGACAUUAUAUAGUGCUUUGAUGUAAUAAAAAUGACUGAGAUGGACAAAACAUACUUAUGUAAUCAAUAUAAACAUUAACAAUUCAUUGUAUAUCAUGUAAAGGAUGUACAUUGUGCGUGGGAGUUUUGUGAAAGACUGUGUGUUUACUUUUGCACGUACUCAGAUUCACAGUUAUUGGUAAUCUAUUUUAAAGUGCUGUAUGUAAUAUUUUGACAUGACUGUUGAAGUGUUGGUAUUUUUCCGUACAUGUGAACCACAGUUGUAUCAUAUUCUCUUCACUGCCUGGUGCCCUUUCCUCACAUAGCCUUCUGCAUAAGUUUCAGAGAGCCAUGUUUUAAAGAAAUUACUUUUUUUUACAACAAACGUGAAGCUGGAGCAAAAUGCUUGCUUUUAGAUAGAUUUAUGAAGUUUAAAUAUGUGUGUGUGUGUGUGUGUGUGUGUGUGUGUGCGUGUGUGUGUGUGUGUGUGUGUGUGUGCAGGUUAGCCCUUCUCCAGGAUAAUUUAAUUUAAAGAACAGACUUCACAGAUAGUACAUGGUUGUUAUUCACAUAAAGAAAAACAAGAAAAGUGAUAGUUUAUGUACAGAUUUGAACAGCGCUUCUUUUAACCUUUGUCCUUCUCAGUGUGAGAAGCAAUUUUCAUAGCACAAUUACCAAAAAGGUUCAUUUGACCUGAAAAAUGUGUUAAAAAGAGGACGUGUGUACAAUAUUACUUGAGAGUGUUGCAAUGUUACACAGCUAUUGAUGCUGAUUUUUUUUAAUAAUUAUUUAUGUAACCUAGAGUCUGUAUAGCCAUAUUUAUUGUUACUGUAUUACUGUAGAGCUAUUUAUAUGAUCUAUUUUACUUUUAUUUAAAUGCACGUUUAAUGUAUAAAAGGUGGAAAUAAAUGUUGAAGAUUUAUGGUCCCAUAAA